AAUCCUCAAAAUCGCCGGUUCCAAAUGAUUGUGGAUUAAACUUUGUACGCUUAAUAUAUCGCUCUACACAAGAUGCUAUGUCCGGAGCUGUGGCGAUUUCCGCAGCCAACCUUCAGCCGAACAACGGUAACGUGUCCGAAUUGGACCGAGGGGAAAACAUCGGAUAAAAUCCGCCGGGAAAUAAGAGCACGACAGUUCAACAGUACGGUAUCGAUCAUGCUUCCUGUUUGCCAAAAAUCCGAGGUGGAUGAGUUGGAUCGAGAACUUAGAGCUACAACUCGGCCAGGGUCCUACUGCUGUUUGGUCCGGCAGUGUCCUCUGGUGGAACUACUGAGACAAGAGUUUCUUGAGGCAUUCGUCCGCCGUGGCCGUAUAUUCGCAAUCUCUGCCACCGGGCGUCUCGAGACGGACGAUUGUGUUGCCCUCACGCCAGACGGUAUUCUGUUGCUUAAUUUACACCGUGAAACGUUCCAACGCCUAGGUCUUAGCGAUAGUCUCGUGACGCAUCGAAAGGGAAAAUAUGUUGUAAAACUAGAUCUUAUGUUAACCUCCCCCGAAACAUCCGGCGGUGGGCCACGAAUAGAACGUGUUAGAGAACGCUUCGAGGCCGAAUCAUUGGCCUGCGAUUUGUUGAUCCGGUGGCUACCACCAACCGACUGUUCAACGAUGCUUGGAGUGACACCUGAGCUUACCAUAAGUCCCGCAUCGCUCGAACGAUAUCUGACGGUUGCACGGGGGCUAACCGUCGUGCAAGUUCCGGCCAUUAACUACAAACGACGCGACCUUAACGAUGAAGCAAUACCACUGUUAAGCCGUAACAAGAACGACGAAUGCUGUACCCAUGAUGAGCUGCUUGAGUACUUUGGUAUGCUCGUGCUUGACUGUGACACCGUUGAAGAAGAGUACCUGAGCGAGUAUACGCUCGAUGGGAACCGGAUUGAGAAUGAUGCUGCGACGCGUAACUGGCACAUACAGAUCAACGGAAUGGUGAGCCCGAUGGAAGUGGAAGGUCUCGUAGAUACCCUUGCGAGGUUCGUUACAAACAGAAGCAAAAGUCUGCCUCCCGAAUCUGGUGUACUUUGGGUUGGACUGCAUGUACAGUGCCACUCGAAUGUCCCUUCAAGUAGAGGUGAUCAAGGAGAGAAAGGAAUGGGAUGGAACUGUGAAAAUGCGUACACUAUCAUUAUCGGAAGCGAUGGAGCAGUGCUGUGCAGCCUAUUAGUUGGCAUCAGUGGGAAAGGAGCCACAAAAAACGAGUUACAAUAAACGAAACGAAGGCAAAGG